AUGAGACGACAAAUCGAGGGUCCUCACAGGCAGGAAUUUUGCGACGACGAAGUCUUUCUGCGCGAACGCUUGCUGUCAACGCUACGCUCGAAUUCUGCCUCAGUGUCUCCUCCCCCCCGCUUCUUCUUCGCCUCCCACCCUCCUGUAUAUGUGUGCUCUUUUUCGCUCUGUGAGCUUAACGGAAGCUUUGCAUGA